CGGCGCAUGCGCCGAGGGCGGGCUGGGGUCAGAGCGGAGCGGAGGCUGGGGCACGCUGCAACCAUGUUCCGCUGCCGAGUGGCCGCCGUGGCGGAGAAGCUGGCGCGGAGCCUGCGCUUCCUGACCCCGAGGCCGCGGGGCCGGGCGGCGGCAGGCAACUUGUUGCAGCGAUGGAAUGUUCCCUUAAAACUACAGCUGAGCAGACAAAUGGCUAGCUCUGGUGCACCUGGGGGCAAAGGCGAUAGUUCUGUUUUUGUCCUUUUUGUGGGCUUAUCAACGUUAGGAGCAGGUGCAUAUGUGUGCUCUGCCACCCUCCUCCCCAAUUCAGAGAUGCCAGCUCCAACUGCCUGGCAAACGUGAUCUGACCUCUGUCAUGGAGCUGCAGCCAGGAAGUAGAGCACCUAAGUGUGGGGAAAGUUUUGCAGUGUCAUCAUCUAAGACCCCCAUCUAGAUCUCUAACGUCUACAGGUGUUCCUGGGAAAGAUGGCAACAACCUAGUGUACUACUUAAUUGUAGGAGGAACAGUCACUGGGGCAGGAGCUUAUGUGUACAAGACACUGAAAGAAGACAGAGAGAGAUUCAAUGACCGCAUCGAAGCAAUGGCUAUUAAAUCCCAAGACAUGAAGUCCACCUCUGAAGUGGGUGCUGCCUCGCAGGCCACAACAGCAGAGCCGGGGUUGACAACAGCUGAGCAAGGAGCUCCAGAGACAGAUCUGAGUGCUCGCCCUGAAUGUCCAUCCCAUGCUCCUUUUCUGCUAAUUGGUGGAGGCACUGCUGCUUUUGCUGCUGCUCGAUCCAUUCGGGCUCGUGAUCCUGGGGCUAGGGUGCUGAUUGUUUCUGAAGAUCCUGACCUGCCAUAUAUGCGUCCUCCUCUUUCCAAAGAACUGUGGUUUUCAGAGGAUCCGAAUGUCACGGAGACUCUGCGAUUCAAACAGUGGAAUGGCAAAGAGAGAAGUAUAUAUUUCCAGCCGCCUUCUUUCUACGUACCUGCUCGUGAUCUGCCUUAUACAGAGAAUGGUGGAGUGGCCGUCCUCAGUGGCAAGAAGGUGGUGCAUAUGGAUGUUCGAGGCAAUGUGGUGAAACUUGAUGAUGGAACCCAGAUAUCCUAUGAUAAAUGUUUAAUUGCCACAGGUGGUUCCCCAAGGAAUCUUCCUGCAAUCGAGAGAGCAGGGAAAGAUGUGCAACAAAGGCUGACGCUGUUCCGCAAGAUUGAGGACUUCAGAGCUCUAGAAAAAAUUUCAAGAGAAGUCAAGUCCAUCACCAUUAUUGGCGGCGGCUUCUUGGGUAGUGAGCUGGCCUGUGCUCUGGGAAGAAAGGUACAAGCCUCAGGGCUGGAGGUGAUUCAGAUGUUCCCAGAGAACGGCAACAUGGGCAAGGUCCUGCCUGAGUAUCUGAGCAACUGGACAACAGACAAAGUCAAAAGAGAGGGUGUUAAUGUCAUGCCCAAUGCUGUGGUGAAGUCCGUCUGUGUCUGUGGGAACCGGCUGGUAAUUAAACUGAAGGAUGGAAGAAAGGUGGAGACUGAUCACAUAGUGGCAGCAGUGGGCCUGGAGCCCAAUGUGGAGUUAGCAAAGUCUGCUGGCCUGGAGGUAGACUCUGAUUUUGGAGGGUUCAGGGUGAAUGCAGAGCUGCAGGCGCGCUCCAACAUCUGGGUGGCAGGAGAUGCCGCCUGCUUCUACGAUAUCAAGCUAGGCAGAAGACGGGUGGAGCAUCAUGAUCAUGCUGUUGUGAGUGGAAGAUUAGCUGGAGAAAACAUGACAGGAGCUGCUAAGCCUUAUUGGCAUCAGUCAAUGUUCUGGAGUGACCUGGGCCCUGACGUCGGAUAUGAAGCCAUUGGCCUUGUAGACAGUAGCUUGCCCACUGUAGGAGUUUUUGCUAAAGCAACUGCAAAAGACACACCGAAGUCUGCAACGGAGCAGUCAGGGACUGGCAUCCGCUCAGAAAGUGAAACGGAAGCAGAAGCCUCUGAGAUUACAAUCUCUGCCAGGUCUCCUUCAACACCUCAAGUUCCAAAGCAAGGAGAAGACUAUGGCAAAGGGGUCAUCUUCUACAUCAGGGAUAAAGUGGUGGUCGGAAUUGUCUUAUGGAACAUUUUCAACAGGAUGCCAAUUGCUCGAAAGAUCAUUAAAGAUGGAGAGGAGCAUGCUGACCUCAAUGAAGUAGCGAAGCUCUUCAACAUCCAUGAAGAUUGAGCCCGUGCUCCAAGACCUGUCUGGCUGGGGUGCGUCGGUGUAAGUGGGGGGACACAUGCUGCAGACUGAGAGCUCUCCCCGCCUCGGAGCGCUGACUCUGUGUUCUGAGUACUUUGUGAAUAUUUCCAGUAAUCUAGAACUCUAACAUUUGCACCAGUAAAUAAAACCAGAUUCUUCUAAAUUCAAGGCCUUU